AUGGCCUGGAUUGCAAUUAUCCUUGCAAAGGAACGAAGAACGAAGAAACAAAUUCCAACCACAAGUUUGGUGCCAACAAUUGCUUCGGCUGGUACAAACAAGAACAUACCCAACCAAACAUCCAACAAGGCGAGGCCGAUUGAAUAUCUUCGUGAUUGCUUGAAGACCAACCCAGUGGUUAACAUUGUAGCCGAUUCUAGGAUCUUGGAAAUCGGGACAUAUGAUUUUUCGGUUACAUGUGCAGAAUAUUUUCGAUUGCUGAGAAAACAAACAACUGAUGCUUCCUGCUUGGCAACUGGAAGAUUACUUACAGGAGCUACCAUUGGCAUGAUUAUAGCUGGUGGAGCUUAUGCUAGCACUGUUGAUGAAGCAACAUUCGGUGGGUGGCUAUUCUCAGCAACAAAAGUUGUAAAUCCAUUCUUUGCAUUGUUGGAUCCAGAGGUUGCUCAUCGCCUAGAUGUCUCUGCUGCAGCUCGUGGUAAGCAUUGGGUGCUCUUGGUGAUUUCCCUUCGCAAUCGCAUUGUCUAUAUUUUGGAUUCUCUUAAGGAUCGUAUAGAAAAGUCUGCCGACUACCAUUACCUGCUCAAAAAACAUGUGGACAUGGCUUUCAUGAGGUAUGAAAAAGACACUUCAACUCCAAUUGGAUGGAUUUUUGCUGAGUGCAACCAACAACUUGGUGGUUUAGAGAGCGGGCAUUUUGUAAUGCGAUUGAUGUUUGAUUUCUUGACGACAAGACAACAUGGAUUUCCAUGUAAAUCUGGUAGCAUUUGGAAUGACAAAAGUGCCUUUGAGGAAAAGGUGUUGCUUGCAACUGUUUCUACUUGGUCUAGAGAGUUUUUGAAUAACUAUAUGAAGGAUGUGGUCCUCAGAAAAAAGCAUAUACGUGGCGCCAUCUCCUUCACCAUUCACUUGGAUGAAAACUGA